UCUGCGACUUUUUAUUUGCAAUUCCACUUUCUUCCACGACCGCCACCUUCCCGGCAGUGGUUCUCAGGAACAUCUUAGCCCGGGCUACGUGUCUACUUGCCGCGAUACCAUUUAUUCUAGGCGAAGCUUUUCCGUUCGAAAGGGUGUCCGAUUCGAUUGGAUCAAUCGAAAGAUACCUUUAACGAGGUCGGCUCGUACUGAAAGAUUAAUCCAUGGAAAAAGGAAGGAUAUCGCGGCGUGGCACGUUCGGAUACGGUUUCCUUGGGAAUACCCCUGUUCGUGGGACGAAUUCUCAGGCGGAAUAAAAUGCAAGCUAGCUCGUCCGCGUUUGUAUGUAUUCAAUGUCGCGUGGGGGCACAUGGAAUGUCAGUACAGUCCUUUCGUAACUAGUUUCUGAGCAGGUCACCCCAAUUAACGUUUUCACGUGCACCUCGCUCGUCCUCUCUCUUUCUCUUCGAAACUCGCCACCGGUAUUCUCAGCAGCCGGCCUUUCUUCUUCUCUCUUGCUCUUUGUCGCUCUCACCGUUGCAGCGAGUAAGUACACGCUGCCGCGUUGGCACGCCACGGCAAGUCUCGCAGAAACUUAUAAUUGCGAAAGGAGUCGGCAAUUAUAAUUGCCUCCGGCCAGCAGAAACGGAUGUAAUUAUCCGACCACUCGUGGCAGCGCGAGUUCCGCGAAAAUUGGGCGUACGCGACGAGAUGUAACCCGCAGGUUCGCGUACGCGCGUCUCCCGUCUGCAACGACCAUUAUCUUUCUGAUUGCGACGAAAAAGAUGUUAUCGCGUUCCAAGAUCUCGUCGAGCUCGCGGCCGAAAAUCAGCCGGUAAAUUUCUUUCGAUUAACAACCGUCACUUCGUAAAUGUAACGCGUUAAAAAGUUUUCCGAGUUAAAGGCGCGGACGCUGGCUCUUUCGUUGCUCGCUUUACAUUAAUCGAGAGCAAGAGACGACAAGAGAGGAGGGAAAGAGCAGCGCGCGAGUAGUCGGCCGAGGUAAGGAGCGAGCGAAACGGAGCAAGGAGGGAACCAAGACUCCGGUCAAUUAAGCGCAGGAAAUUAGAGUUUUAAUUACGCAGUCAUUCAGAAAAUUACAUCGGGGGCCGUGAAGAAGGCAUCCGCAAUCACCAACGAGCGACGAGGGCACGGCGUGCCCUUUCCUUCCGACAGACCGUCCGCUGAAUUUAAAGAAACUAAAUACGAAUCGAUGCGCCGGCUACUCCCGUUAACUGCUAUCUUGAAAUUUCGACAACCACAAAAAACCUUUUCUUCUUUUUUCUUCGUGAAAUUUCUCCCAUUAUUCGCAACGUCAUGUACCUACACACGUCGCGUGUGUCAAUUUGCGAAUGAACGAUUAAACGAUGUUAACAUCCGUUUCGGUAUGCGAAGCGCAAUCGUCGAUUUUAAUGCCGUUCCCACGGCCGUCAGCUUUCGAUUCGAUUAUCGAAUCGAAUUUCGCCGAGUCGAUGCUAGACGCGAUAUCGCGAUCUACAUCUACCUGGCCGCGAACUUUAUAUGCGAAAGUGGGUCGAGACGGGGGGGAACGGCAACGGAAAUAGCGGAAAAGAAACGGACGGAAAUGGGAUGACGAAUAUGUGGGUCAGAGGGUAGGUCAGAGGUAACGCGUUAAAUUUAAUUACACGUGUCCGUGACGGCUGUUUGAACGGCCGUGGAUCGGCCCAAAGCUCGUCCGAAUCUCUUCGAUUUACAGUCGAUAAUAGUGUACGCGAGUGUGGAACGAGACUCGAUAUUCCCUUUAAAUUGGUAUCAAUGGCGGUCUUUAGGAUGACUUUGCGACGCGUCCACGUUCAACCUGUCCGUUCUGUCCGCUUGGUAGUCUGAUUGCAAGAUUCGAUCGUUCAGCUCGUCGCUAUCGUCUCAAGCUUGAAAAGAGAGAGUACGAGGCGUGGUUCGAUUCCACCAGUCGGAUAUUAUUAGCGACGUAUGUUAAAUGAAAAAGGAGAUUGCUCCAUGUUCGUCGCCGGAACGGAAUUAUUAUCGUUAACCGUCUCGUUUCUCUUCUAUCGAUAACGUUUAUCCCGAGACGGAUCUACCGGUCGUGGUUGAUAUCCAAAUCGAAGAAAUACAUAUUUAGAAAGUACGUUAUCGCGGCUGGACGUUCGAUCGAUUAAGGUCAGGAGAAAUUCAUGAAUUCCAACGACACGUCAGUUCGGCUGACGUUCGCGAACGGAAUUAGUCACAUUCGAGGCUCGUCAACGUUGGACAAGGUUCCGCUCGUGAUGGACUAUUGACGAUCGCGAGCUGGUCUCGGUUGGAAAGGGUGCGACGGACGGAGAAGACGGAUUGAAUGGUAAAUAAAGAUGGGUGGAAUCGGUCGCGUGACGAGUACGCGGGACAGACAGAGGCAGAAGAGGCGACACGCGCCGUACGGGCAACCGCGCCUGCGUACAGCCACGCGUGACGUGCCAACUGACGUCGCAGUAUGGAGCGACGAGUGGCCGUCGAAGGACGAGAACCAACGCGACGCGACGAGACGAGUCGGCCGAGUGUGUCGAAGCAAAGUCUAGCCGAGAGUGCGCCGAGCGGUUGGCGGUUUCGCGUCGCCUCGCGUACCCUCGCGUUUCCUCUUCAUUCCGAAGUGAGCUGCCGUUGCGAGCUAACCGGCAGCCUCUGCUGCUCUUGCUCGCUGCUGGCUGAACCCCUGGCAGCGGCGCGCACCGGCAAUAACGCAUCGCCUUCUUGUCACAGACGCGUAACCGCGUGCAUUUCGAACACACCGUCUACGUUCCACGCUCAACCAAACGGGCACUGUCCUCGCGGCGUGACUCCGCGGCACGCGUGUACGCUCGAUCGAUCGAUAUCGCGCGACAAGUGACUCCGAGUGUUGGAUAUGUUUCGUUUCUCCUUUCUUCCUCUAUUUCGUACGAAUCGAGUGUGAUUACGUGAGUGUCGUUGAAAACUACAUUCAUCCAUCUAUCCUGAGGAUCCAGCGGACUACUAGGUGUACGUACACUACUACCCUAUAAAGAAGUUUAAGGAUUUCUGGCGAAUCUCCGGCUCCUGCUGCCUGACUGGUGUAGUGUCACGUGACGGAGGAGACCCGGAGAAUCGUGCAGGGUACAAGGUGUCCGGAGAAGCUGGCUCGAAUUUUGUGGAUUGUCAGACGGCAUUCUAGCCGAAAUCACGAUGACGAUGGACGUGAGCAAGUCGGAGCCGAGUAAAAAUGGCACCACGCAACAGGAAUGUGCUGGCUGUGGAAAAACGAUCACGGAAAGGAUGAUAGCCAGGCUGGUCGGUAAGAAGGAAAACUAUGGUCGGUUCUUCAGGUAUCUCCUCAAGGCCUUGGACCUGUACUGGCACGAGGAUUGUCUGAAGUGCGGGUGUUGCGACUGUAGGUUAGGAGAGGUCGGUUCUACUCUGUUCACCAAGGCGAACCUUAUCCUCUGCAAGAGGGACUACCUCAGGCUUUUCGGGAACACGGGAAACUGCGCGGCUUGCAACAAGCAGAUACCGGCGUUUGAGAUGGUCAUGAAGGCCAGGACGAAUGUCUAUCACCUGGACUGUUUCGCCUGUCAGCAGUGCACUCAUCGGUUUUGCGUGGGUGAUCGGUUCUAUCUGUGCGAGAACAAAAUCCUGUGCGAGUACGACUACGAGGAGAGGCUGGCAUUCGCCAAUAUGUCACUGCAAACACCCGCCUCGCUGGCGUACAUCAAAAGGCAACUGCCCCCAACACCGACACCGCCUGGACAGAACAUGCAUCCGGGUCACAAUCCGUUGCAACCUCAUCAGGGACUUGGCCAGUCGGUGGGUCAACAUAAUCACGUGUCGAACGGUCAAAUGUCGGGGGGUACGCCAACGGUGAACGGGACGACAAUAGGUGUCGGUGGUCCGAGAGCUCCCGGAGACAUGAACAACAAUGGUCUGUCGGGUCCGGCACUUGGUCCUGUGAAGCCACCGCCGAUGUCUAUGCAGGCUCCGACCAGCUGAAACGAGGUGUCACCCCCCUUGAAGAAGCUCAGAUGUCUCAGCGGCUAUUGAGGCUGAUGACGAAACGAAGGAGAACGAGAACGAAGGGACGAGAGGCUGAGAACGCGACGUCGUGACCAAGUGAACACGAAGAAAACCGCGUGCAGGACGACAGUGAUUGACGGACAGACAGACAGACAUACACAUAUAUAUAUAUAUACAAACACACAGCCACGUACACAGAAACAUAAAACAUAUAUGUACGGGGGGUGGUAAAGAAUCGUUCAGAACGGACGACAAGAGGUAGAAGAGAUACGGACCGACCUCCGUGAAGAAUCUCGAGGACACUUCCGGGCGAUCGAACGUUUUCCGAGACUUUGUCGAGAGGUUCGGGGAUUAAUCACUGUGAUCGCGAAAUAUAUAUGAAUAAAUUUAUGGAUGACAUGUUGACGAUAGGAACGUGAUAUAUCGUACACGCGUGCAGACGCACGCGUGCCACACACGGGAUAGACGGACACGUAACAUACGUCUUGUAAUAUACGGUACAACAUGUAACGAUAAACUAGGCGAUUUAUGUAAGAUAUAUUUCUGGCGGGAGGAAGGAUGAACGAGUUUGAAGAGUGCGCGUGAAGAAGUGAACGAGUGAAUGAGGCAGAGUUUUCUUGUAAAUAGCUGUUGUAUCGUCGACUCUGCAGCACCGAAAGACUAUCAGUAUACGCAGACCAAUCGAUGAUUUCUAUGCUACUCGUGAUUCGUCCCUAUUCGACGUUAGCAGCUGAUCGAGAAGACGAAGAGAGAGAGAGAGAGAAGCUGCCGAAGAGGAGAAUCUGUAAGUUUCAUUUGUUCAAAUUUCGAAUGCGACGAAUCCCGAGACGUUUUGGAAAAUCUCGGUAUACGAGGCGAAAUAGCCGAGUAAAGGUGUACCCGAUGGCUGAUACCAAAGAUUAACGAUGUAAGUUUCGAUGCCCCUCAAGAGCAAGCCAGCGUUCCACGGAUUUCGAAAUUCGUUGCUCAGUGAUAUAAUAUAAUAUAAUCGUUUUGCAGUUUUCUCGAACUCCUUGUACCUUGUUGCGAAGCGUUCCGCUUCGUUCGCACGCGUCUCCGCGAUCGCGAGCUUGCGAAACGAGGGGCUUAGUCCGCGGCUUUACGCUUUAACGCCAAAAGAUGCAUCGGAACAGGCGGGUGAAGAAGAAGAAGAAGAAGCAAGAAGAAGACGAAGAAGAUCGAGAAAAAAAGAAACGAUAAACGGUGACGUGGAUACCAAAAGACGGCUGAAUAUUCGAUAACCGAUAAAACGCGUGCGCUGAUAAACGAUCCGUUCUGAAUCACCGACGAAGCGUGUCGCAAAACCGCCACGGGCAGCGCGUAAUCGCGACAAAGAUUUUCGCAAAUUUCUCUGAUCGUUAACGACGAUCUUUCCUCCUUUUAUUUCGAUCAAGAAAUUUACCCGCGUGUUGCGAAUUAAUAACGCGGCCCGAAACCGAAACCGAAACCGAAACCACCGAAUCGAUUAAGUACAAAAGAUAUUACACGAAGAGAGGAUGCGCUUGGGAGCAGGAUAGCCGAUGUAUAGCGGUCGUGUGCGCGAAAGAGAAAGAUAGAGAGAGAGAGAGACAGGUAGUGUUGUAACGAGCGAUCCACGCUCCGAGCGCGAGAGACGCGAAUACUCUUUCCUCUUUUUUUUAUCCAUCUGUAUAUAAAUAUCAUUUAUUAGCGCACUAUUAAUAUAUUUACGAACCGCCUCUAUAGGGGCCCCCAUUACUACCGAGAAAAUAUAACAUUCUUAUAAAUACAACAACACAAUGAGUUUCAA